CGUGAAACGUCACUGCUGUAUGCGGCUGAGGGGGGUGGCAGGGGCAUUUGCUGCUGAUGAAAUUGUGAACGGCCUGUUCUAGCUAAAUAUUGGCAACAUAUUUUGUAUGUUUGACACAUCUCGGAGCAUCUUCUGACGGUCAUCAUGUCUUUGGAGUGCGUUGGGAUGGUAAAUACAUUUCGAGAGGCUGGGAAUAGCUGAAGAAAUUUUAAACAAGCAGACUGAAUUAGUUCCUGACACAGGUGGAUGAUUCUUGGAAUAACGUUAAAUUAGCUAUCUUGGAUUCGAAACGUAUGGAGAAAAACACCAAACGCGGAUGUAAAUUAGAAUUAUUGACAAAACGAACAAACUAACUUUACUGGGAAGAUUAUAUUUGUUAAAUGUCCUCAUAGCCAGUCCAAUUUAGUUUCAGAAUCAGAGAUUGAUCAUUUGGCUUGUUAGCUAGUUAACGUUUGCUAGCUAAUUAAAGCGUCCUUCAAGAUAUGAGAGUGGGGAGGUUUGGAAGCGUUAAGUCAAUGUUAUUAAAUUAUUAAACAUGUCAGUCAGUAAGCAAGCCUAACUAUUUCAAUUGGAUAUGCCUUAUGUAAAAAGAAUCAAGCGUUGCUAACUAGCCAAGUUAGCUAGAAAGCUAUUUAUUUACUCACUCCAAGGUUGGCGUAUUUUCAUCCACUGGCACUGUCAAGCACAACGUAUAUCGCAUUGGCUAAAAGCUAGCUGUCUAGCCUGUUACAAAUGGUCACACUUUGCAACCAAAUUGUGGAUAACAUUUUGGACCUUGUUAGCACAUGUUAACUAUUUAAAAUAACUUUAACGCGUUCGUGGUAUUUAUUGCAUCCAAUUUAUAGCAUGAAUCCCAUGUUAUGCUAAAUAUUUUCUAACUGAUGUGUUCGGCAGUCAGUUGUGUAAGCAAGAAGGUCCCCUCGCGUUAGUCCCAAUGCUGGAGAUGGUGACAAUGAAUGAGUGUUUUAGAUAACACGCUAAAUUGAUCAAGUCACUUACUAUUACAGGAACUUGUCUUCUUCUGUGUGAUAUCGCUUCAUGUUUUUUGUGAAUCAUAGAGACCUUUUAUGACGUUAGCCUGUUGUUGCCUCAGUAAUAUGUUGGUUCUUAGAACAUUUCUAUUUAGUUAUAGCACUAUUUUGAUAAGUCCCAUGUCACCAAUGUAUUUGUUGAAUUCCAAAGUAGAAAUCAAAGUUCAUAAUUCUAUGGAAUUAAUUAUAAAUUCAUCUGAAAAUGCAAAUUUGUCUUGUUGACAACAUUUAAAAAGUGCAUGCUUAGACGGGGUAAAUGCAUGAGUCGUGGAUUAUUUAGGCAACAACUAUGGCAAGUAGACAAAUCAAUAAAUAUGGGAAGUACACUGGUUUUAAGCACUAAGGUGUUUACACAGUGCUAAAAUGUCAUACAUUCAGAACGAGACAGUGAAGGCAGGUGUUUUAUUUACCAUCAUGCAAAAUCUGCCCGUAGAUCUUGUCAAGGACGUUGACUACCAUGUGUAGAAUAACAAUAUUGAAAUUGAGGAAGAAUUGGAUGUUGGCUUUGAAAUAAAUUAUACUUUUCUAGUUUACUCAGGAAUUAGCUAUCUACUCAAAUGGAACAUACUCUGAUGUCUAGCCCUCUGGGGUAUUCAGAGUGGGAUCCAGAACGCAUACCCUCCCAUCGAUUCCUCCUCAUGGAUUCAGACAAAGGAGCCAUGCUGCCUCAGAGAGAAAGUGGUCAGACAGGAUUGGAUUUCCAGAAAGUCGACCAGGGUGUAUCUCUAAGCCUGGAAGAGCUUUUUCAGGAGAACGCCUUAAAUUUAGAUAGCCUUUUCAGGACCUCCAGUUACUCUGGUGGAGACCAGAUCUUGCCCUGGGAGGGAUGUCAAUCUAAUCAUUCCCAAGAUGUUCCCCUGGGUAAACCAGCAGAGGUAUCGCCUCUCAAAGACAAAAUUGAGGAACAAAACAAUGUCAGUGACAGUCCACUACCUGGGCUGUUAUUCUCCAAAAUUGCUAAUUUGUUCAGGGACAUCUCAGCCUGCGACGAACAAAAUCCACCUGUGGGUGACAGAGACCCUGUUACCUGUCACAGGGAGCUGAUAACCCUCAGUGAACCUCCUUCCACUGUGAAGGUUUCAGAUAGGACUCCAGAUACUAACACUGAGGUGUCCUCUUUGUUGGUAGUUCACCUCUUAUCUGAACACUCCCCUUUUCCCUCCGGCCCUGCUCUUUCAGGUGAGGUAAACCCACAGGGUGUCAGUGAGAAGCUUUUAUUUCCAUCUCUGGAUCAGGACAGAGGCCAACCUCCUCCCUUGCAAGGUGGGGAGACUGUGCCACCUGAAAAUGGGGACAAAGGUUUAUUCCUAGGACCUGUGACUGACCUGCCCACAGUCAGUAACAUUACCUCAGAAGGUUUACCUGAGAGCAGCCUCUCACACAACACCAUCCCUUUUGACCGCCCUAGCCUAUCUCCAGAGGUUCAGGUGGGAUCUGUGCCUUUGCUGGAUCUGGAGGUUCCCGACUGUGGCCCCAGCCUCUGUCCUACUCAUCUCGACUCACCUACCUGCACAGGUGCUCCAUCAGAUUCAACUGCAGAGGAUUCAGAGCAUGAACACACGUUGGCUACUGCAAUCCUGACUCUCUCAGACCACAGAGGUGAGGGGGACUCGUCCCUCCUACUGAACUCCUCACCAUUGAUUGAACCCCUGUUGCCAAAGGUACUUUCUGACAGAGAUGCUUCGAUCCUGGAUCACCUGCCCAGUGGCUGUAGCUCAGAGAAAAAUGGCUCCCAGGAUUUGAUGGAAGACAAAAUUAUCUUUGAUGUUACUAAACAUGAGGGAGAGGAGGAAAUGGCUCUGGAUCAGUGCAUUACCUCAGACGUGCUACGUGAUGAGGAAACUUUGGACUUGAAACCACCCGAGGCUAUACAGGGUGACGGUAUUCCUGCUUUACAAACUGAACAGAGCGAUGGGGAAAGGUUUGCAGACUUGGACCUAUUUGCCAGAACCACAGAUUGUCACAAACGGGAUAGUUUUGAUUGCCUGGUUCUGGACUUGAAUGGUUCGUGUUCUGAGUCUGGAUGGACAAGUGAACAAGCAGUGGAGAAUCUCUCACUCUCUAAGAUGGUGGGGUCUGACUCCAUGCCCGUGGUUCCCAUAGUGAAUCGGAGAGAGGAAGACCCGUCACCUCUGAAGGCCGUGUUUGAUGCUCUGGACCAGGAUGGGGAUGGAUUUCUACGCAUUGAGGAGUUUAUGGAGUUUGCUGCUGCCUAUGGGGCUGACCAGGUGAAGGAUCUGACCAAGUUCCUGGAUCCUAGUGGGCUGGGGGUGAUCAGCUUCGAGAACUUCUAUCGAGGAAUCACGGCCAUCAGCAAUGGAAGUACAGAGCCCCAGCUCUACGAUGCACACUUCAGCCCAGGGGACGGAGCAGUGGGCUGCCCAGAGGAGUACGAUGAGCAGAACGAGGUGACGGAUAGUGCCUACCUGGGCUCGGAGAGCAACUACAGUGAGUGUGAGAUGUUCACAGACGAAGACACGGGAGCCCUAGUCCAGCCAGAGAUGCACGAGGAUGUGGAGACGGACAGUGGCAUCGACGCAACGCUGCACGACCCCGAGGACAGCCACAACAGGUUCUCCUUGAGCUCAGAGCUGCACAGCCUCUCCCUGGUGACAGUGAUCGGCAGGGAGGAAGAGCACUUUGAGGACUUUGGGGAGAGCAACACCUCGGAGCUGCUGCUGGACACCACUGAGGAGGGGACAGAUGGAGAGGGGGACUCGUCCCACCUCCAGACCCUGGACCAGAACAACUGCUCCUCCCUGCUACUCUCUCCCAGCGCCCCAACUACUCUCCCUGCAAGCUUUCAGAGCUUCCUUAGGGAGGAGGCGCUGGACUUUUUCUGUAACCAAUGUCACAAACAAAUCUCUCGCCUGGAGGACCUCUCCACCCGCCUCAAUUUCCUAGAGAUGAAUAGCUCCAGCAAGAGGCUGUCCAGCAAGAAAGUAGCACGACACCUCCGGAACAGCUCCAUGACGCUGGACAGCAUGGGCGAACUGUCCCGGGACAUACUGGAUCUGGCCGACACCGACAUCACUGAGAAGGUGCUCCUGCUGGAGCGUCGUGCAGCAGAGCUGGAGAAGGACUCGGAGGCCAGCGGGGAGCAGCACACACGGCUCCGCCAGGAGAACCUGCAGCUGGUGCACCGGGCCAAUGCCCUAGAGGAGCAGCUCAAGGAGCAGGAGCUCCACGCUGAGGACCACCUCCACCAGGAGACCCGCCGCCACAAAGACGCCCUCUCCAAGCUGGAGCGGGAGAGGAGCCUGGAGCUGGAGAACCUGCAAGCUAGGCUGCAGCAGCUGGAUGAGGAGAAAAGUGAGCUGAGGUCCUGUGUACCCUGUUACCGUGCCAACAUUGAGAGACUAGAGGAGGAGAAGAGGAAGCUAGAGGAUGAGGUGGAGGAUGUGACUGAGAGGCUGAACGAGGAGCUGGAAACCCGCAGGAAGACGUCCGACAAGCUGACCCACGAACGCCACCAAAACCAGAAGGAGAAGGAGCACACGCAGCAGCUGAUUGAGGACCUGCGGAAGCAGCUGGAGCACCUACAGCUGUACAAGCUGGAGGCAGAGGCCAGGAGGGGGCUCUCGCCCAGUGCUGGGCUGCAAGAGUACCAGAGCCGCACCCGUGAGGCCGAGCUGGAGCAGGAGAUCCGACGCCUCAAGCAAGACAACCGCAGUCUGAAGGAGCAGAACGACGAGCUAAACUGCCAGAUCAUCAACCUGAGCAUCCAGGGAGCCAAGAACCUGAUGACGGCCUCCUUCUCCGAGUCACUGGCGGCCGAGAUCAACUCUGUGUCCCGGGGAGAAUUGAUGGAAGCCAUCCGCAAGCAGGAGGAUGUCAACUUCCGACUACAGGACUACAUCGACCGCAUCAUUGUGGCCAUCAUGGAGUCCAACCCCUCCAUGCUUGAGGUCAAGCACUAGAGACGGCCAUUUUGGGAGAGACUGGCUAAACACUUAAAGACUGACUGCUGGGACUGACCACAAAUAUACAGUUCCAGUCAAAAGUUUGGACACACCUACUCAUUCAAGGGUUUUUCAAAACUAUGAAGUAACACAAAUGGAAUCAUGUCGUAUGUAAAAAAAAAAGUGUUAAACAAAUCAAAAUAUAUUUUUGAUUUUAGAUUCUAAGUAGACACCUUUUGCCUUGAUGAAAACUGUGCACACUCUUGGCAUUCUCUCAACCACCUUCAUGAGGAAUGCUUUUCCAACAGUGUUGAAGGAGUACCCGCAUAUGCUAAGCACUUGUUGGCUGCUUUUCCUUCACUCUGCGGUCCAACUCAUCCCAAACCAUCUUUCUCAAAUAGCCCUUACACAGCCUGGAGGUGUGUUGGGUUAUUGUCCUGUUGAAAAACAAAUGAUAGUCCCACUAAGCGCAAACCAGAUGGGAUGGCGUAUCGCUGGAGAAUGCUGUGGUAGCCAUGCUGGUUAAGUGUGCCUUGAAUUCUAAAUAAAUCACUGACUGUCUCCAGCGAAGCACCCCCACACCAUCAAACCUUCUCCUCCAUGCUUCACGGUGGGAACCACAUAUGUGGAGAUCAUCCGUUCACCUACUCUACAUCUCACAAAGACACAGCCGUUGGAACUAAAAAUCUCCAAUUUGGACUCAUCAGACCAAAUGACAGAUUUCCACCUAUCUAAUUUCCCGAGUGGCACAGCGGUCUACGGAACUGCAUCUCAGUGCUAGAGGUGUCACUACAGACCCUGGUUCGAUCCCAGGAGUCCCAUAGGGUGGUGCACAAUUGGCCCAGCAUUGUCCGGUUAGGGGAGGGUUUGGCCGGGGUAGGCCGUCAUUGUAAAAUAAGAAUUUGUUCUUAACUGACUUGCCUAGUUAAAUAAAAUAAAAACAGUUACAUCAUAGCCCGUAAAGGUUUUUGCGACUGCACUUGAAGAAACUUUCAGAGUUCUUCAGAUGUCCCGGAUUGACUGACCUUCAUGUCCUAAAGUAAUGAUGGACUGUCAUUUCUCUUUGCUUAUUUGAGCUGUUCUUCUUGCCAUAAUAUGGACUUGGUAUUUUGCCAAAUAGGGCUAUCUUCUGUAUGCUACCCCUACCUUGUCACAACACAACUGAUUGGCUCAAACGCAUUCAGAAGGAAAUCAAUUCCACAAAUUAACUUUUAACAUGGCACGCCUGUUAAUUGAAAUGCAUUCCAGGUGACUACCUCAUGAAGCUGGUUGAGAGAAUGCCAAGAGUAUGCAUAGCAAAGGCAAAGGUUGGCUACUUUGAAGAAUCUCAAAUCUAUUUUGAUUUCUUUAACACUUUUUUGGUUAUUACAUCGAUUCCAUAUGUGUUAUUUCAUUGUGUUCAUGGCUGCACUAUUUUUCCAGAAAGUAGAAAGUAGGAAAAACAAAGAAAAAAAUGGAAUGAGAAGGUGUGUCAACUUUUGACUUGUACUGUGUAUAUAUAUAUACAUAUAUAUAUAUAUAUACACACACAGUUGGAGUCGGAAGUUUACAUACACCUUAGCAAAUACAUUUAAACUCAGUUUUUUUAUGAUUCCUGACAUUUAAUUCUAGUAUAAAUUCCCUAUCUUAGGUCAGUUAGGAUCACCACUUUGUUUCAGAAUGUGAAAUGUCAGAAUAAUAGUAGAAAGAAUUAUUUAUUUCAGCUUUUAUUUCUUUCAUCACAUUCCCAGUGGGUCAGAAGUUUACAUACACUCAAUUAGUAUUUGAUAGCAUUGCGUUUAAAUUGUUUAACUUGGGUCAAACGUUUCGGGUAGCCUUCCACAAGCAUCCCACAAUAAGUUGGGUACAUUUUCUAUAGGAUUGAGGUCAGGGCUUUGUGAUGGCCACUCCAAUACCUUGACUUUGUUUUCCUUAAGCCAUUUUGCCACAACUUUGGAAGUAUGUUUGGGGUCAAUGUCCAUUUGGAAGACCCAUUUGAAAGCUUUAACUUCCUGACUGAUGUCUUGAGAUGUUGCUUCAAUAUAUCCACAUAAUUUCCCCUCAUCAUGCCAUCUAUUUUGUGAAGUGCACCAGUCCCUCCUGCAGCAAAGCACCCCCAUAACAUGAUGCUGCCACCCUGCCACAACCGUGCUUCAUGGUUGGGAUGGUGUUCUUCAGCUUGCAAGCCUCCCCUUUUUUCCUCCAAACAUAACGAUGGUCAUUAUGGCCAAACAGUUAUAUUUUUGUUUCAUCAGACUAGAGGACAUUUCUCCAAAAGGUAUGAUAUUUGUCCCCAUGUGCAGUUGCAAACCGUAGUCUGGCUUUUUUAUUGUGGUUUUGGAGCAGUGGCUUCUUCCUUGGUGAGCAGCAUUUCAGGUUAUGUCGAUAUAGGACUCAUUUUACUGUGGAUAUAGAUACUUUUGUACCUGUAUCCUCCAGCAUCUUCACAAGGUCCUUUGCUGCUGUUCUGGGAUUGAUUUGCACUUUUCGCACCAAAGUACGUUCAUCUCUAGGAGACAGAACUCGUCUCCUUCCUGAGCAGUAUGACGGCUGUGUGGUCCCAUGGUGUUUAUACUUGCGUACUAUUGUUUGUACAGAUGAACGUGGUACCUUCAGGCAUUUGGAAAUUGCUCCUAAGGAUGAACCAGACUUGUGGAGGGCUACAAUUUUUUUUCUGAGGUCUUGGCUGAUUUCUUUUGAUUUUCCCAUGAUGUCAAGCAAAGAGGCACUGAGUUUGAAGGUAGUCCUUGAAAUACAUCCACAGGUACACCUCCAAUUGACUCAAAUGAUGUCAAAUAGCCUAUCAGAAGCUUCUAAAGCCAUGACAUAAUUUUCUGGAAUUUUCCAAGUUUUUUUAAAGGCACAGUCAUCUUAGUGUAUGUAAACUUCUGACCCACUGGAAUUGUGAUACAGUGAAUUAUAAUUGAAAUUAUCAAUUAACAAUUGUUGGAACAAUUACUUUACAAUUACUAACCGACUUGCCAAAACUAUAGUUUUUUAACAAGAAAUUUGUGGAGUGGUUGAAAAAUUUGUUUUAAUGACUCCAACCUAAGUGUGUGUAAACUUCCGACUUCAACUGUAUAUAUAUGUACUGUAUGUGUAUAGCUAUUUUAGGUGGGAAAAAACACUCCGAUUACCCUUAAGAAAUUUGUGGAGUGGUUGAAAAAUGUGUUUUAAUGACUCCAACCUAAGUGUGUGUAAACUUCCGACUUCAACUGUGUAUAUAUAUGUACUGUAUAUGUAUAGCUAUUUUAGGUGGGAAAAAACACUCCGAUUACCCUUGAAGAUUUUAAUGAAAAAAAAUGUUUGUCACUGUUUGUGGCUGUUAUCUGAGAAAAUAAGGUACGUGGUUUAAACGUCCCUGGUAUUUGAGCUUUGCUUUGUGUGCUUGUCUGUUCCCCCUGAAUACAGUAGGCUUUGGUUCUGAGGACCUGAGUUUCCCUUGUCUGUGCGAAUGUGUUUUCUAUGCGGGAACUCUUUCGAUAGUUGGACUGCGUGGAAGAGCUAGUUAACUUGUUGCUGUCAUCUUAAACAUAUUUUAGGCAAUUAAAUCUUAUGAGCCUCAAUGCUAACAUGAUUCUAAAACGUAUUUUCCUUAAACUACAUAUCAGCCGAAACCAUCUUUCACCGUGAGAUCAAUAAAUUAAGGAACUCAUGGGACGUUUGAGAGCGUUCUCCUGUAUUAGACUGAACCGUGUUGAAACCACAUUUAAACUGUAUGAAGCACUGGUCAGGAGACGAGGUCAGAUUAAGUCGACCCUGCCUGCUCUCUUGAAUACAGUCUUGUGGUGCCGCCUACUACAUUAACCGUGUUUAUCCUGAUUUGACUUGGAUUUUCUUCUCAGUGUGAGUUAAGGCAACCCAGGUAAGGGAGGCCUUACCUCUGUUUUACAAUGAAACAGAGUUCUAGGGGGUCAGGUGGGCUAAAUACUCCAAUAAGAGAACACUAUCCCAUCACAUCACUCCCUCUAAUGUAACUUUGGGGUAGUUAAAAACUGAUAUAGAUACUGUACUAAAUGAUGCUCAUACUGACAUGAAAGAAUUGGAUGGUGUAACUUGGACACUAAAUCAAAUUGAUAGAAAAUGUUGCUCUGACUAGUUUAUAUUUUUGUAUUUGAGCUGAGAUCACUGGGAAGUGUAGUUCUUUGGCAUGUGACUGACCCAACUGAUCCUUCGUGGAAUCAAGCUGAGUGAAAGCAAAAAGGGAGACAUCUUAUCAAUUGGGAAGUACAUGUCUGGUCUGCUUGUUACCCAUAAUGAGUGACUUACUUUCCAUGAAAUGUUGAUAAAAAAAGCUGAAUAUAUUUGACAUUAUUGACUUAUUGAGGGAAUGGAAUCGGUUGUACUUUUGCACUCAUUUUUUGAUUAAGACAAAAAGUAUUGUUUGUAAAACAAAAUGUAAAAAGUUUAUUGUUAAGGAAUGUAAUCGGAAUUUGAAGAUAUCUUUUGCUUCAAGACCACAUGAAUUACUUAAGAAUGCAAAAAUUAUUUGAAAACGGACUUGUUGCUUGUGGCUAACGGAAAGUCAGAGGUUAGAUCUUGUAACUCUCCCGCAGCUUUUUGAUUUAAAGGAGCAGAAAAUGUUUAACACUUCGAUGAAGCAAUAACGUUGUGAAGAACAGUGGGGAGCGAUGGACAGACACCACAAACGGACGUCAACAAACGGACAAAACUCUCUUCUUUACUGUAAGAGCCUCGGUUGACUAAGCCCCAAUCUGAAUCUUUUGAACUUUUAACCACAUUUCUGGAAAUAAGCAAGAGGAAAUGAAAAUGGCAGACUAUUGAUACACAUCAUCACCGCUGCCUAUUCACCAAUGCACUCUCUGACACGGUUGAGAUACUUGACAUAUUGAAGGAUAUUAUUGUUGCUGUCUCUUAACCGCUCGAACUGCAGACAACUUGUAGCAUUCUGUAUCAACCACACAGCUAUACUAAAGACAAAUGCAGCCUCCUCCACCUUUCACCUAUAAAACUCUUGCUCUGUCAUCACGCUCUUCUCCUUCUUUUCAGCACUCCAUGAAAAAUGGCCUUGGAUGUAAAUAACUUGAUCAUGUAAAGUUUUUUUCUAACCUUGUAGAUUCUAGGUAUUUUUAUGUUGUUAUUUUAUUUUUUGUUCUUCUGCUAAGAAAUAAUAUGAUCCUCCCCCAUGGGUAGGUCUUAUGUAUGCCACUCUAGCAUGUAGCAUGUACACAUAAUUUUCUCCCAUCUGUGAAUCACACUGGAACAUGUAAAGUUUUUUUCUAACCUUGUAGAUUCUAGGUAUUUUUAUGUUGUUGUUUUAUUUUUUGUUCUUCUGCUAAGAAAUAAUAUGAUCCUCCCCCAUGAGUAGGUCUUAUGUAUGCCACUCUAGCAUGUACACAUAAUUUUCUCCCAUCUGUGAAUCACAUUCAUACAUUUAUUCCACAGUUCACAUUACUUCACACUCUUUGUUAAUGAUUAUUUUCUGUUGUUUCUCCCUAAUACAAGUUGUUUUUUAGGGAAAAGUUUGUAAAUAGUUUUGGCAUUUCUGGAUUCACAAGCGAUUCUGGUAUUUAAUGGAUUUAAUAGUUGAAUGCUACUCAUGGGGAGAAAUUGUUGAAUUGAGAGAAAUAUUUAGAUUGAAAUUGUUGUCUUGUAAUCAAGGUAGCACACAGUACAUUUCAAAAGUGUUGCAUUGAGCACCCAUAGAAUUGGCAACACUGAUGUGUUUCAGUCUGGUCUGAUCAAUUCAAAAUGGUUUUUUAUAUGGUGUGGUCAUUCCACUUCAGCCCAACUGAAGUGUGAUCCACUGUAAUCCUGACGUUGCAGACAGUGACCUCUUAAAGGUCAUUGUAGUUAACAGAGUUGGCAUGUGUCACUGAUAUCUCCCCAGCUGAGAACAGGCACUGUACAGAACUACAGAUCUCUUCUGUAUAUCACUUUCUGAAUCUUUUAAACUGAUCUUUAGGUUUACCCAUCCAUAUCAUAUGGAGGUCAGUGGAGUUGCACUACGCCUGUUGCCUGGGGACAGGUAGUGAGGCCUCAUAAAGCCCACGUGUUAUGUCAAUCAUAAACCAAUGCAACUGUCUAAUUGGUUCAAGUCAUUCUGCCUUUGAGUGUAAUUGAUAGCUUUCCCCAGCAGAUAUGAGGCUUACGAGGCUUGAGGCAAUCAUUUACUACUACAGUACCCAGCAGCCAGUGGUGCAUUACUAGGAGGAAACCGUAAGACAUAUCUUCCCACAUACUGUACCCUAUGUUACCUGUAUACAGCAGCAGGAUUACCUUAUUUUUUUGUAUUAUUCCUUGUUUCAUUUUUUAUUUCAGACUGUCUAGUUCAGACAGCUAGUUGUGAGACUUUGCAUAAUUGUUAGCUGACUGAUUAGACGGAGUCCUGUCCAGGCAUUCUGUUUUGCGUGGUUAAACUUGAUUCAAUAGGAUUCUCUUAUGCACUUUAAACAAGUUCCAAUUUCUUUUAACACUUAAAUGUUCAAACUAACAAAAUAAUUAGUUAAAAUGGUCAGAAGUAAAACCUAUCAGCUCACACACUCCUUCACUGUAAUUUGAAAACAUAAACAAAAAAGUUAUUAAUUGUCAUCGCUAAGCCCAAUUGUCAUUGUUAAGCCCUGAAGAUCUGGCCUGAUAGUCUUAACACUGUGCCUCUGUCAUUCAUACUUUUGCCUAUUACUAACCUGAUGAUGAGCCCUGGAAAAGCACUGACCAUAUGUGACUGUCAGUUUGUUAAAUUAUAAAAAUAGAAUAUUGUGGAAACAAAAAUUGUACAACUGAAGUUUAUUCUUACUCCGAAGGAUAAUGUGUAAAUUAUGAUAAAAGUAUUGUUCACUGCUGUAUAUUUUUCAAUGAAUAUCCCCUGAAAGAUGCAAUCCUUAUUAUCAGGGGCGCAACUUUCACUGUAGGGGGGCCACCCUGUUUUAAAAUUGAAUUGUGAUACAAAAAGAGACAGUGUGCUUUAGGGCCAUGAUUCGGGUAGUCUGUGUGGAGUGUUUAUCUGACUGGAUAAAACAUAUAUAUUAUGUCCCACCCUCUUCUAAAACCAAAGUUGCGCCCCUGCUUAUUGUUAUUGGGGAAUAAUAAUUUCAAGUAAUUGUAAAAAGGUCAAAGAAAACAGUGAAGUAAGAAAAUCAAUCAAAUAAUAAAAUGAUAUUUUGUUUGAUCUUGA